AUGUCAACGCCAUCGACAUCGGCAUCGGCAUCGGCUUCAACAUCGCCAACAUCGCCAACAUUGCCAACGAUAACAACGAUUUCAACGACAUCAGCACUAAGAGGCACUACCAUAGUCCAAAGCAAUCAAGAUGAAAGUGAUAUGCAGGUUGUAAACUCGCGACGUGAAACGGAUGCUGGCGUUUACUGGUGUGAGGCGAAAAACGAGCUGGGAGUGGCACGUAGCAGGAAUGCGACUCUGCAAGUUGCCGUUUUACGUGAUGAGUUCCGACUCGAACCACAGAACACACGUAUAGGACAAGGCGAUACCGUACUGUUGGAAUGUGCUGCACCACGUGGUGUGCCGGAACCGACAGUGACAUGGAAAAAAAAUGGCCAAAAAUUAGAUUUGGAUGGUUCGAAAAGGAUACGCAUUGUAGAUGGAGGCAAUUUGGCAAUACAGGAUACACGUCAAAAUGAUGAGGGUCAAUAUCAAUGCAUUGCCAAAAAUCCUGUAGGUGUGCGAGAAUCUGCGGUAGCAACACUAAAAGUUCAUGUGAAGCCAUUUAUCAUACGUGGUCCGAACGAUCAAACUGUUUUAGAGGGUUCAUCAGUAACAUUUCCCUGUCGUGUUGGCGGUGAUCCAAUGCCGGAUGUGUUAUGGCUACGAUCUGCCUCUGGAGGAAAUAUGCCUUUAGAGCGCGUCAGUGUUUUAGAGGAUCGUAGUCUUCGUUUAGAACGUGUGACAGUAGCAGAUGAGGGAGAAUACAGCUGCGAAGCUGAUAAUGUUGUUGGAGAAAUAACUGCUACAGGCAUCUUAACUGUAUUCGCUCCGCCCAGAUUUAUACAAAGACCAACCAGUAAGUCAGUGGAAUUAGGUGCAGACACUUCUUUUGAAUGUCGCGCUGGUGGAAAUCCACGCCCAACUAUAUAUUGGACUAUAAAGAAUAAUCGCACUAUAAUAUUUCCCGGAGCACCACCAUUGGAUCGCUUUCAAAGCAUUAACACUGAUGAAGGGCAUUCCGUACUGACUUUAACAAAUUUUCAACGCACUGAUAAAGAUUUGGUGGUUGUAUGUAACGCCAUGAAUGAAGUUGCAACAAUAACUGCACGCGCUCAACUAACUCUGCAUUCUCAAGAAGAUCGUCCACCACCGAUAAUUAUAGCUGGUCCCGUCAAUCAAACUUUGCCGGUUAAAUCAUUAGCCACUUUACAGUGUAAAGCAAUUGGCUUACCCAAUCCCACAAUAUCUUGGUAUCGUGAUGGCAUACCUGUGCAUCCGAAUGCAAAAAUUAACAUAACCACUGCCGGAGAUUUAAUCAUAUCCGAUUUAGAUCGUAAGGAAGAUCAAGGACUUUAUACUUGUGUUGCAAGCAGUCGAACUGGAAAAUCCACUUGGAGUGGUUAUCUGCGUAUAGAAGUGCCAACUAAUCCCAACAUUAAGUUCUAUCGUGCACCCGAGCAAAGUAAAUGUCCUACCGCGCCAGGCCAGCCGAAAGUAUUAAAUGCCUCUGCAACUGCAUUAACAAUUGUCUGGCCAACAAGUGACAAAGCCGGUGCAUCACCAUUGCUUGGGUACACUGUUGAGAUGUAUUCUACAAACAAGAGCAAAACUUGGAUACCCAUUGCAUCGCGGCUCACUGAACCCAUUUUUACAGUCGAUGGCUUGACAAAUGGAGCUGCUUACAUGUUCAUUGUGCGCGCUGAAAAUACACACGGAUUUUCCCCGCCUAGUCCAAUAUCAGAACCAAUUACAGCUGGAAAAUUGGUAGGCAGCGGUAGUGGUAUUGGCAGCCACUUCAGCUUAGAUGGCAGGUCAGUAGAUAUACUACUUGCGGAAGUGGAAAUGUUGCUGCAGACAAGCGAUAUUGUCGAAAUGCUUGAAGCAAACGCAACCGAUUCAACAACUGUGCGUUUGGCAUGGGACAUCGAUAGUGGACAAUACAUUGAAGGCUUCUACAUAUACGCAAGGGAAUUGCAUUCGGCCGAAUAUAAAAUGAUGACGGUGCUUAAUGCAGGAGGCGGAGCCACUGCUUGCUCUUUCAAUGGACUGGAUAAGGCAAGCACGUAUGAGUUUUUUCUUAUGCCAUUUUACAAAAGCGUCAUAGGCAAACCAUCAAAUGCGAAAUAUGCGCGUACGCAAGAUGACAUACCCGAGUCGCCACCGCAUGGCAUGGAAGCAAUACAAUUCAAUCGAACUUCUGUUUUCCUGAAAUGGCUACCGCCUCAUCCGAACAAAACGAGAAAUGGCAUAUUAACUAGCUACAAUGUGAUUGUUAGAGGGCUUGACUCGCACAAUACGACGCGAAUUUUCAAAAAUAUGACAAUUGAUGCUGCUACUCCGACACUGCUCCUGGCCAAUCUGACCACAGGCGUUACAUACUACAUUGCGGUAGCUGCAGCCACUAAAAUGGGUGUUGGACCAUUCAGCAAGCCAGCGGUGCUACGUAUGGAUCCCAGAACACAAUCACUCGAUACCGGAUACACAAGAUACCCCAUCAAUCGCGAGCUCGCCGAUGACUUUUUAACGCAAACAUGGUUUAUCGUGUUGCUAGGAUCCAUAAUAGCCAUAAUUGUGUUUCUUUUUGGUGCACUCGUCCUAUUCAAACGUUAUCAAUUCAUCAAGCAGACAUCGUUAGGCAGUUUACAUGGAAAUCACGCAAUCGGUUCCGUGCGUAAAUUUCCAACGUUGCCAUUGAAUGCAAAUGGUGUUUGGAUCGAUCCAACUGGCGGUGUAUGGCGACAAGCAACGACCUGUACUACAAAGGAACAACUUCCGGAUUACGCGCAAGUGACAGCACAACAAACACUACCGUUGCCAGAUUAUGAGAGACUCACGCCACUUAAUAUGCCCGAUUAUGCUGAAGUGGCAUGUUCGACAUUCAAGAAUCCAAACGAUACAAUUAAUUCGAUGGCAGCAGGCGGCAUUGCUAAACCAGUGUCACAACAUUCAGCUAAAAUAGCUAAAAAUGCUGGAAUGGGGACAAUUAUUGGGGCUAACAAUGCAUUCUACGACAGUUGCGAUGCAUAUGCAACAACAACCUUAGUCGCCAAAUCCAAAUUGUAUCAGAAUCGUUAUGCAGCAUCAGGAAAAGCAAAUCAUAAAAUACAGAACGCAAUCGUUGGAACAGGUACAAACAAUAUGCCAGUGGCUAUCAAGACGGCACGUCAACAUCCGAACAACGGUAUAGAUUGUCAGCAGGACGACUAUCAAGCAGCGGUUAUUUACUCGGCUCCACCAAGUGCUUACUAUGGUGGAAUGGAAGCUAAUCUCUAUGGUAAUAGCUCAAUGGGUACACCAGUAAUGACAGCUGGCGGCAUGUUAUCAGAUAAAAUGACUGCAUCAACUGCAUCCACAGUAUUAUUGACCGCUACACCGACAAAAAUCAAUAACAAAAAAUCGCAGACAUCAUCUUUGCCAAUGGGAGGAAACAAAAUUAAUAUUACCGAAAAUAAAAUGGAUCUUAUAAAUAAAAUAAAUCGCACAUCGACAACAUCAUCAACAUCAUCGGCCACUUCCGGCACAACAAUAUCUACCUCUGUUGGUAGCAACAGUGCUUCAGUUGAAAGUGCUGCCAUUUCUUCCUCUGCACCACGUUUAAAUCCAUUUAACGCAGCAACCAAUCAACGCCAAAUCCAACAACAACAUCAACAACAGCAAUUACUUGUUGCCAGCAAUGCAUUGAAACAAGGUCUUGGCACCUAUGCAAAUACCACACUGGCUGUGCAAAUGAUAAAUGGCGGUGGAGCAGGCACACUACGUCGUCAACGAAAUCCCAAAAUCUUUAAAAGCGAAAAUAAUAUCGACUUUGGCAAUCAAUAUAAUAAAUCUCAAUCAUGCAAUAACAGUAGCAACAAUUCCCCCUUACCAGCUCGCAAUGCAACUAACAUUGGCUCUCAUUUUGAUUUUCUAACUAACACAACUGAUGUAGAUACGGAAUUUUUGAGAUCCAGUAACUCUACUAAUCAACUACUUAAUGAAUGGGCUUCUAGCUCAUCAAUUGCUGCCGAUAAUCAUCAAUUUGGCAAUACACAUAACAGCAAGCAGCAUUUAUAUGUCAAGUCCAAGGACGGUGUCUGGUCAGCCGUCUCCUCAGACUCAUACCAAAACUAUAAACAACAACAACAGGAACAAGAACCGCAUCGCUUUAAGCUUGCAGGUGAUUCCACAAUAUCUCAAUCCCAAACACGUUUGCAGACACACUUACAGCCCCAAGCACACCCUGUAAACUCCACUUUAGAUACUAACACUUGCUCCCCUAAUAGUAGCGAUGAACUUAAAAAUAACUCCCCCACCAAUAACACUGCCAACGCUAACGAUAUACAGGCCGGUAAUAAAGCAUAUUUUAGUAGUUUUGGACAGAGUGACAAUGUCUAAGAGAAACACACGUAGUAGCGGAAAGAGCGAAUAGAGCAAAUAGAACUAUAAAAUCUCUUUUUGAAAAGAUUGCGUUUAAACGCCAACGCAAGUUCGAAUCGAAAGAGUAAAAACCAAAGUUUGCAGUUGUAAGUUCGUGUUCGGGAUUAGUUACGCCUACUACGCCUAUGGGACUUAGAACAUUUUAAACGCGUCGUAAAAGGGAAAAGCAAGUUAAA